AUGGAUUUCAUGAAACCAGAAACCGUUCUAGACUUGAACAACAUCAGAACCAGUCUUGUUCGUAUGGAAGACACAAUUGUGUUCGACUUCAUCGAAAGACUGCAAUUUUUCUCUUCUCCCUCUGUGUACGAGAAAGAUAAAUACAAGAUUCCAGACUUCAGCGGUCUGUUCCUAGAAUGGCUUCUUUUGCAAACGGAGAAAACACAUUCGCAAGUCAGAAGAUAUGAGGCUCCUGAUGAGACGCCGUUCUUCGCCGAUCAGUUGCUCCAGCCUUUGUUGCCCUCAAUUGAGUAUCCCAAGGUUUUGGCGUCCUACAGUGACGAAAUCAACGUCAACGACGAAAUCUUGAAGUUCUACGUGGAGAAAAUUGUUCCAGAAGUGUCAUGCGGUAGUGGAGACCAACAGGAAAACUCAGGAUCUGUUUCCGUGUGCGACGUAGAGUGUUUGCAAGCACUUUCGAGAAGAAUUCAUUUUGGAAAGUUUGUGGCCGAGGCCAAGUACAGGGCCGACCCCGAGCUUUACAAGAAGCUUAUCGAGGCCAAGGAUGUAGAGGGAAUUGAGGCCAGCAUCACCAAUAGUGCUGUGGAGGCCAAGAUUUUGGAGAGGUUGAAGGAGAAGUCUGAGGCGUACGGAACUGAUCCAAGCUUGAAGUACUCUCAGUUGGAGCAGCUGAAGGUGAAGGCGGAUUUGAUUGUUAGGUUGUACAAGGAGUAUGUGAUUCCACUCACUAAGAAGGUAGAGGUGGACUACUUGUUGAGAAGAUUAGAAGAUGAAUAG